AUGCAUAUUCGCUCCAACAGCUUGCCUUCCAAGCCACACCCGUUCGUCGAUCAAGUCGACGAGCGUUUACGCAGCUUGAACAAGGCCUCCUCAGAAGCAACAUCAUCCGAGCUAUGCCAUAAACUAAAUGGCCUUCAAGAUUUGCAUCAUUGUAUUGAUAAGCUACUUAUGUUGCCUCUCACUCAACAUGAUAUCAUUGAAGAGAGCGAUAAGAACUCGAUCGACGAGUUACUCGAAGGAUCUAUUAGGCUCUUGGAUUUGUGUGACAUAGCCAAGGAUGCCUUGUUGCAGACAAAAGAAUGUGUGAAUGAACUCGAGUCGGUUUUACGCCGAAGAAAAGGCGAAAUGUUCAUAGCAAGUGAGCUUCAGAAAUGCUUAAGUUCUAGGAAGUUAAUAAAGAAAACAAUCUACAAAGUCUUGAAGGCAAAUGAAAACAAAGUUUGUGAGAAAAGUGAAGCCACUCCUGCCAUUGUUAGCUCAUUGAAACGAGCCGAAGUAGUCGGUCACAACGUGAUCGAAGCCUUGUUGUCUUUCGUGGCAGGACCGAAGUUUCCAUCGAGUUCGAGCCGGUGGUCUAUAGUUUCGAAGCUUGUGCAACCCAAAAGGGUAGCCUGUGAAGGUGAAGAAACAAGAAGAAACGAAGUGGCAUUGGUGGAUGCUGCAUUACAUUCAAUUACAAGUCAAAAAACAAAGAAAUUUGAUUUCUUUGUUCAAGUUGAGAACUUGCAGAGCUCAUUGAAGACAUUUGGUUCAAACAUUGAAGAACUUGAAGGUGAUCUUGAGGCUCUAUAUAGGCGCCUAAUUAAAACAAGAGUAUCACUUCUCAACAUCUUCAACCAUUAA